CCGUGCUGGAAACAUCCCCGGGGCUCUCUCUAGCUCUUGUGAUCCUUCUUCUCACACCACUUGGUAUAUGGCUCUCUGAGCUGUCCCUAGCACCGUUCCCUGACGGGCUCUGCCAUCUGUCCCACACCAGGCUUGGAAGGUGGGGUCAUUUCCUGGCUGCAAGAAGAUAAUAAAACUGUUCCCAGAAAAGAGGCUCACUUAGAACAGUUAUGCCAAAUGUAGUAGGAGGCUGGAAGCUGGAGGAGAUCCUGAGUCCACGGAAGAAAGCUGCCAGGCCUGCCCAGAGGGGGAAGAAGCCAGAGAGGGGAAGAGGGCUGCCUACUUGCUUCCUGCACAAUGUUCUGGGUAAGCAGAGCAAGGCUGUUAGUCUUCCUGGCACUCCCAUCUCUAGCUUUCCUCUUCCUCCAGCAGUUGUCCAGCCCCAGUCACUGUCCUGACGUAGCAGAGAAGUCAAGCCCUACACAUGUGUUGAUCUUGUCUUCGUGGCGCUCUGGCUCCUCCUUUGUGGGCCAGCUCUUCAGCCAGCACCCAGAUGUCUUUUACCUGAUGGAGCCAGCCUGGCAUGUGUGGAUGACCCUCUCCCUUGGCAGUGCUGGGCAGUUGCAGAUGGCCGUGAGAGACUUGAUUCGUUCAGUCUUUCUCUGUGACAUGACUGUCUUUGAUGCUUACAUGGCCCAGGGUCCAAGGAAACAGUCCAGCUUCUUCAUGUGGGAAACUAGUAGGGCUCUGUGUUCCCCACCUGCAUGCCAUCUCUUUAAUAGAGAGGCCAUCAUCCCCUCAGCUGACUGUAGGAUCCUGUGUGGCAAGCAGCCCUUCAACAUGGUAGAAGAAGCCUGUAAGUCCUACAGUCAUGUGGUGCUCAAGGAGGUGCGCUUCUUCAACCUGAUGACCCUCCAGCCACUGCUGACCGACCCCUCCCUCAACCUGCACAUCAUUCACCUUGUGCGAGACCCCAGGGCUAUGUUCUGCUCUCGGCAAAACACAGAACUGGAGCUGAUGCACGACAGCCAUGUUGUCAUGGGGAAACAGUGGAAUAAAAUGAAGAGUGAGGACCGGCCCUAUCACUUGAUGCAAGCCAUCUGCCAAAGCCAACAGGAGAUCUAUAAGGCGGCACAGUUGUUACCAGACUCCCUACGAGAACGCUACCUGCUAAUACGCUAUGAGGACUUGGUGCGGGACCCACUGACCCAAACUUCCAAACUAUAUGAAUUUGCAGGGUUACCCUUCCUGCCUCAUCUCCAAGUCUGGGUGCGAAACAUCACACAGGGCAAGGGCUUGGGAGGCCAUCCCUUCGACACAAACUCCAGGAAUGCCCAAAGUGUCUCCCAGGCCUGGCGUUGGGCCUUACCACAUGACAAAGUAGUCCAGUUACAGAAAGUUUGUAAAGAUACCAUGAGCCUGAUGGGUUAUCUUCCUGUAUUGUCUGAGAAAGACCAGAGAAAUUUAUCAAUGAAUCUUCUAUCUCCUCCUGAGAUCCCCUAAAGCUGAGCAACCAAUGAGUUGAAUGAGGGUCUGGUUUUGUGCAAUGGCUGUGGUCAGCUGAAUGCUUUUGGGUCUAACUAUGUUUUUCAAUGGGCGUACAUGUAAGCAUCGCUGUUGUAUGUGACUACAUAUGCUUAAAUGAAGUUCCACAUAAACAUUUAUGUGCAAACAUAAGCAAAAAUAGAUUCAGGUGCCCUGUGAAAGCUAGAUGGAACCAAGAAAUGGAGCUACCUCUCCUUUGUGUUUAACCCUUCACCCCACCCCUCCCACCUCUCUCAGCUCUUAUCUCAUAGACUGUGGAUUAAUCCUACAAAACUGUCAGGCCAUACCUUGUCCAAUGGGAAGAAGGAGAGACAAGGCUUAGCAAGGACAACCCAAAACAAGACUUGCUAUGGAUACAUAUGCCCCUAUUGCUCAGUCUCCCAGGGCAUCUAGUCUGUUUUCUUGGAUAAAAACACAGAUUGGUGCUAUGUUUCUACCAGGGAGCUGAAUAGCCAUGACUUAGAGAAAGAAAUGUCUUUAAAAUAAGAGAAAGCUCUGAUUUCCAUAGGAACCUGGCUAUCCUUUUCCUUUUUCUUCCAGUUCAGGGACAGGUAGGUGAACAGAUGCAUGUGAUAUAGAUGAGAUUUUCAAAGUAGGGCCUCAUAUUUUAUUGUGUUCCCUGAUCUAAAUAUCCCUUGUUAUCUGAUUGUGACUAGAGAUAUAUUCUCAGGGUUUCCUAUUUCCUCUCUCAAUGAUUUAACCUUUCCGCACACUGAUAUUACUCAUGCUAUUUCCAUAUUGUUACCUUACCUAAGUAAGUCUAUGCACACAGACCACUUCCAAGGAUAAGACUGGGCACUCUAGGGUUUACUAAGUCUAAAAUGCUAGCCUUUUUCUCCUCUUGAGUCCUUGAGGGAGAAUGAAUUGGAGAGCCAGCCAACAAUACUGCAUUUUGCGUGAGGGAGAAUAGGGCUUUCCUCAAAAGUAUUCUGUGCUGAUCUGACUCCUAUGUCAUAGUGUUUCAGGGCUAAGAGUGUUCUAUCUGUCCCAACCUGAUCAUGAAGAUAAACUCUGUCCCUGUCAGUGCUCUCGAUGGUAUCUUGGCAACACACCAGCCUUCUCUCCGCCCAGAGAUAGAAACCCCCUUCAGAAUAAUGUGAACACUUAAAAAAUACGUUAUAAUCAUCUUUCAUAUCAGAAGCUUGAAAAAAUCCAUUUCUUAAAUUUGACUCAAUGUAUCACGGAGCAUUGGGCUCAGUGGUUACUGGGAUUGUGGUGAUGGGAAUAGUUAUAGCAUGCUGACAGGCUGGCACCUUCUUCAGAGUAUGCUUUGACUGGGCUAUGUGUGGAGCUAAAUGACUCUCUUUGUCCUGAUGUCUUCAUCUUGCUUCUUCUAGGGAGAGAAUUCCAAAAAUCCAACAGCAAUGUUGUUUCUUCCUUCUUGCCCCUCCUACUUCUGACAAAGCCACCUCUUCCCAUCUAACUCUGUCUAGAAGAUUCUUUUUCCUGUGAACAAUUCUAGUCAUGAUGAUUCUGGGUGGAACAGAGAAAACAGUGCAGCAGAGUCUUUAAGAUCUGCUUUCAUAUGUCUUCCAAUGACCCCAUUUGGUUAUGAGCUCAACUCUUUUCCUACAUCUUCUUUUUUUGCUGAAGACCCCUUAAUUUGCUGCUGGGGGUUACCUGAGAUGCUUAGAGUUCAGAUACUGUAAGUAAGAUCGUGGCCUUUGCUAGCUAGAAUCCUUGUAUUAUUUAGAUGGUGAACCCUGAGCCUUCAUGGAAAUCCCUCACAAAGUAUAGACUUUCCCUAGUCAAAUCUUCCUUUCUCCUACAACCCCUCCCAAACAGAAGGGAAAGUGAACAUUCAUAGUCAUCUGGGUGUUGGGGGGUAAGGCCAGGACACUGGAGUUAGUGUCUAGAAACAAGGCUGAGCUCAAGGUGGCAGUGCCAGCAGGGUGGAGGAUGGUGACGAGUUGGAGCACAGGAAGAAAACAAACUUCCUUUCCCUUGGAAAUCUCUGCAGCUGCACAAAUUGUUCCAAAGGCAGCAGCUUCCUUAGGAACUGACAGGUCUGUCUCUAUGACACUGGAGAAAUACAAGGCUGGUUGUUGAUUCUCUCUCUUUUCCUCUUUGCCUCAUUUCAAAGCAAAUGCUCUAUCCGAAACCAAGGCAGGAGAUAUUAUACCUGCAGAAAAGCUUCCAAUUUUAACCGGAGCCCUUUCUGAUAAGUAUUUCAAUUCCCUGGAUGCAAAACCAGUUGCUUCUUUUCUGUCAGAGUCCUGUUGAGACAUCUAAGACUUCCACCAGACAUCCCCUUACUGGACAGUCUUUCUUUAUUUUUCCAUGAGAUUUCAUGUCUAACUUUUUACAGAUAAUCACAAAAUAUAAACUUUAAAAAAUAGAAAAGCUCUUAAAUAAAAAUUGGUAUAAUAUAAUAAUGUGAACUUUUAAAAAAUAGAAUGCAAACACAUUUUAUAUCAUAAGCCUGCCAAAAAAUCCAUUUCUUAAGGGAAAGUCUUUCUUCAUUUUUCCAUGAGAUUCCGUGUCUGACUUUUUACAGGUAAUUAUAAAAUAAAAACUAAAAAAAAAGAAAACCUCAAAUAAAAAUUUGCAUAAUAUAAUAAUGUGAACACUUUUAAAAUAGAAUGUAAACACAUUUUAUACCAUAAGCCUACCAAAAAAAUCCAUUUCUCUAAUUUCAUCCAAUGUCUCACCUAGUAUUGGACUUAACCACCCAAUCAGGUGGCUAUUUACUAGGAUGGUAGUGAUUGGAAUAGUUAUGGCAGCUAUAUACCAACAUUAAAGGAACUCAUGUUCAAAUGAAGUUUGAGGUAAGCUUAUAGAAUUUGAAAUUCUACUUGUGCCUUUCUAAUUGGACUAAGAUAACUCUUUUUACCUUCAACCCCUAUUGGAGGACUAUGUAAAUGUCUCCUUUUACGAUUGCAAAAGAAAUAUCUGGGAAAAUUGCAGCUACUUCUCACCUUAUUCUAUUCCUUUAAAUGAAGCCUGAAGGGUUAGGUUCAAAUGUGGGUGAAAGUUAACACAGAUUUGUAGUUCCCGAGAGCAAAAACAAAUUAGGGCUUUGGGAAUAAGCUACCUGAUGUCCAGAGGUAAUGACCUGAGGUGCUCAGUUAUAGGAUAAGUGAUAGUUAUGUUUAUGGUGGGGCAAAUUGGGUACCUGUCCAGGGUCUGCACUAAAAGUGGUUAUGGUUUCCACAAAAAUGCCUUUAUCUGCAAUUGUUACCAUGUGUCCAUAGCUGCAACAUAUCAUCUUGGCUGCCACUUGGUUCCAUGAUGAGAAUUACUAGACUAAUAAUUUCUUUCAGAAAUUUUGAUCUUUGUGAAUAUUUAUUGAGAUAGGCACAGGUUUGACUCCUGAAUAUUUUGAUACAAAAAAAUUUGUGUAUUUGUAAUAUGUCUCAAAAUAAUAGGCUUAAUGCUUGUGUGAUAUAUUCAUUUUCUUUCUAGUUGUAAU